AGCAUUUUUAUUAAUUGUAUUAUAUUUUUUAAAUUUUUCAUGGGUAUAUACUAUAUUAUAGUAGGUAUUAUUAUUAUUAUUACUAUUGUAGUUCCAGGAAUCCGUAUUUUGUGAAAUGGGCGGGCGGCAUUGUGACAAAAGCGAUAACAGAUUACACACACUAGUGUUUAUUUACUUCUCACACAUAGACAGCCCAAAUGUACAUGUCUUACGAAUUGUCUAAAUAUUACUCCUUAAAACAUGAUACGCUGCAGCCCCCUUAAAUUAAUUCCAUUAUUCUUUAGGUACUGUAUAUAGGAAAAAAUAACUAUAGCUACCUAUGUUUAUCAAUAAUAAUCCAAGAUUUUAAAUUAUUUAUGUUGCACCAUAAUAAAAAUCAUUACUUUGUUCAAUAGGUGAACUUGUUUGGAAGAAAAAUCGACCAGAAUCAAACACUACUAAAUUAAAUAACAAAAACGAUUUAGUAUACAUGGAGUUUCCUGUAAUUAUACCCGAUUGCAAUUCUGAUGGUGUAAAUGAAAUGGCUUUUGUGCACCAUGAAAAUAAUAUGCCCACAUUAGAUAUUUUAUCUGGAAAAAGUGGGAACAAAUUAAUGAGCAGUAUUAGUAAUGACAAUUGUACUAAAAUGACUGAUCUUAUUUUAAAAUAUGAUAUGUCUUUAGUCUAUUUUUGUCGUAAAAAUACUAUUGUAGACUCUCUAGAAUCAAUUCCAAUUAAAACUAUGUUAAAUUGUUCUGGUGAUUGGAUACCAGAUUCUGUUCACCAAACCAAACGAGAACAUGAUCAAAUUGAAGAAAAUCAAUAUUUGCUAACACUUGGGCCAUAUUAUCUUAAGAUCAAUAACAGCAAUUACAAUUGUCCAACCGAUUGUAUGGCAAUUGUAUAUGUCACAAAUAGUUCUAAGGAAACAGUUUGGUCUAAAAAAAUUGAUCGUUCUUAUGUAAUGAAGCCAGUGACAUUUGAACUCCGCAAUAAUAUAUCUGGAUUUGUUAUCAAAAUUUGGUCUUGGGAUAAUGAAACAAUUGAGAAUAACAUUAAGUUCACUAACAUUGAGAAGGUUGAUUAUAUUCAAGAACAAAUUAUAGUUAUUACAUAUAAUUCAUCCAGACCUGAAGAUUUCUACAUUAAAAACAUAAGUUCAAACAGAAUUUUACAAGUAUGUGAAAAUGUGUCUAACUGUCAGCCAAAACUAGAAUAUCAAAGAUAUUCAUUAAAUGUGAUGGAUAUAGACAACGAUGGUUACAGAGAAUUAGUUUCUGUAUCGGUAACAUAUCAAUUUAUCAAUGGACUUGGUCAAUUCUACAUGAAUGAUAAACACUCACUUCAGCUUAUAUCAAAAGUUAAUGUCUAUCAAUUAGAAAGCCAACUUAUUGGACAUUUUGAAAAUCAAAUGUAUGUUUGAAUUAAUUUAUUGUAAGAAUAUAAUCUGUUAGCUAAAACAUAUGUUCCUUAUUUUUCGUAACAUAAAUAAAUGAGUUUAGGGGAAAACAGA